ACAGAAUCUUCUCGAAGAUUUCUAGGACGUACGAAUGAACAGGUCGUGCCGUUGCGCGACGGAACGAUCCUCAUUGCUCGGCCUACCGUUUGCGGGUACGGACACGAACAACCGCUGCCGAACAUUUCGGUGGAAACAUUUGUGAAGCAACAGCAGCGUCGAACUGCAGACAUUUUAUAAGAGCAUUCGAAUUUUAAAUGGAGCUGUCGGCAUAAUAUAUUGUACAUAUAUCGGUAAUUUUAAUGAUAAAUUAUAAAAGUAAUAAAUUAUAAAAGUUAAUCGAUUUGUAAAAAAAAUGGAGGAAACAGUGGCACUGAUUAAGUCAUGUGUCAUUUCGAAGAAAGGAGGCGUACCAAUUGAAGAUCUAAAUGAUGAGUUUCAAAAUCUCGUCGGGGAGCCGAUUCCAUAUCGCAGAUUGGGAUUCUCGAAUCUACGCGCGCUCUUACGCACUAUAGACGGUUUGGAAACAAUUCCGAACAAAUUCGGCGAGUACACACUGAAAAUUAACGACUCGAAGAUCUCGCAUAUCGACAAGCUCAUAUGCAAGCAGAAGAAGGAUUAUUCAAAGACGAAGAAUAAAUACUACAAGCAGUUUACGCGGCAGAAGAGCAAUCUCGAGUACAAUGAUGAGCGCAAGAAUAAGAUCAGAAAGAUGUACAACAGCAACCGUGUGAAUAAGAGAACGCUGAAUCUCAAUUUUUAUCGUCACGAUCUAAACGUAUUCGGCGGUAGUGGCGACAGAAGUUUCUCCUUUGAGGAAGAUGAAGAGAAUCAUCACCCGGUGGUGAUAGAAACGAAUGAGUUUAAGAAGAUUACCAACAUAUACGAGCCCGUCGCGAAUGGUCAACAGUUGAUCGGCGACGACUUUUUCUUGCAACUUGCAAUACGAAAUCUUCACCUUCCGAUUUGGCGGUACAAAGAUAGCUUAUCAUUGCAUUGCGGUUUAUGCGUUUCCGGACAAACUAUAAGUGACUGCGUUCGCGCAUUAAAGAACAUUAGUACCAUCUCCAAUCGUGUCAUAAUUCUGCUUGGGUCGGUCGAUAUUUACAGUGGUGCUACUUGCGACGAGAUGAUAGACGAUAUGACCGAGCUCCUGCAAGUUCUCCAGUCCAGAUUUCAUCUCUCUAACUCGGCCAUCACUAUCUGUACUAUUCCGCCUUUGGCUAAUAUCGCCAUCCACGCCUAUAAGAAUAAAAGUCUGGCGUUGUUUUGCUUCAACAACUGGGUCCGAUCUCUGAUCGACGACACAUCCAUAAAGGACUCGUCUAAGAGAUACCGAAUACUAGAUUUGUUCGAGAAUUUCAGCAACGGAAUGUACACUACGGAGUUUGACUGGUUUCAAACUCAAGCACGUAGAGUAUCAGGCACCAAGCAUUCCUAUGUCCUGUGGAACAACAAAGGGCGGAAGCUAGCUAUGAGCCUCAUCUGCGAAGAAAAAUAUAUGGAUCAACCCAGAAGUCCCGACUUAUCGCUGACGCUAUAAGCUUAACGAGGAUCUUCUGCAAUAUGCACGACGGACUGGGCAUAGGAAGAGAAAGAGAAUGGUAUACUACGGAGGGCCUUAUUCGUCCUAGUGGCGGAGAACGCUGUAUCGAGGAUGUUCCGGGGUGUACUGCUCUGUUUCCUCCUACGAAUGUAUGCAGUACGGCAAUCGAAUUCACUCCUGUUUUAACGUUCGUGUAUGUUAUAUAUUUAAUUCAUAAAAAAAAAUUUCAUCUUCGCGCAUUGGGGCAUUAGAUUUACGUUUGCUCGCGUCUCAAGAAACGCGAUAUAUAAUAACGAACGUAUAUAGAAUAUAGAACGCGAAAAUAAAAUAGAUAAAAGCGCGAAAUCGGGUUUAUAUAACAUUAAGUUUACCGAAAGACUUCGACUUUCUUCGAUCGCGAUCGCGAUGUUUACAACGCGACCUGCUACAAUCGCGCCUUUCGCGGCAUCGGCAACGAUUAAGGGAAUUUUCAACGCUUGUGUGUGUUUAAAUGUAAAAUCAGAAAAGUAUAGUACAUUUUUACAAUCAAUAUUGCGGGUGAUUUAAAAAUGACACUUGUACAUUUCUGAAAGGUGUGUAUUUUCCCAGCAGCAGGAAGACACGAGUGAACUUUAAUCGCUAUCGUUGCCGCGUGUGUGUUUCAAUUUCUUCGCGCGAUAAAUCUCGCCGGAUUCAUUCCUCGUAAGCGCGAUUGAAGAAUGUUCGAUUUGCAUAUUUGUAAUAAUUCCGAACGAUUCAUAACGCAUUUGUGACAAUAAUUUUGAAAGCUUCACAAUUAGCUUCAGUGUUAAUCAAUUAAUGUAAACUUCAGGAAGCAAUUUGCGGUUUUCCGAAUAUACUUAAUUUCAGAGUUGAUAUAGAGUUAUCAACUUCCAAUUUUGAUGAAUUAAUAAUUACGUUUAGGGAAAUGCGAGCAAAUGAAAUUUAAUGGUUACAAUCGUGUAACAUAAAUUUUUCGAGAGAGAUGAGAUAAUAUCGAAUGUAAAUGUUUCAGCGGUAUACGACAUGCACAUAGAACAUGUCAUGUGUAUAAGCUUGCUAAUAUAUAUGUAAUGUGUAAUUAUAACUUAUACAAGUUAUUUAAUUACUACACAGAUAUAUAAUAUUUAAAGCAAUUAAUUGUACAUAUACAAUUAAAUGAUAAAGUCGUUUAAUAACUAAAUUCAAUUAAGAAAUUAUAUAAAUUUAGUUAUGAAAUGUUAAGAGUUUCAAUUAAGAAACUGGCAAAUUUAUUGAUUUUUUUAAAGUCAAUUUUCUGAUUAAGGCUUGAUAAAGGUAGCCUUUGUAAUUCAGCAAGCGAUACUUGACAUUCAGAAACAGGAAAUACUGCAUUUUUACAUUUUCAAUUACACAUCCGAGUACACUUCCAGAGAAAUGGAGGAGAGGGGAGGGAAUGGCCUUUACCGUACAAAAGUGUUUGGCAUUCAGUUUCUUGAAACAUACACUUGAUUUCAAUACAAAUUGGAUACUUUUUUCUUGAUACAGUUUGGAAUGCAGCCGAUGGCUUACAAUGAGGAAACUUAACUUCUGGGAAUUAAAUAAAAACAAGUUUUCUCAUUGGACCAUGCGUUUCAAACUUGCGUUUCAAACUGCAUUGAGAAAACAAUAUUUAAUCUGUAUCGAAACCAAGUGAAGUUAAUUGAUUAUUGUUAUGAAAAUAUUGUAAAAGGGAAAAAUAUUGUAAAACACACGUAUACACACAUAUAAAUGAUAGAGAAAAUCGAAACUACAUUUUGCAAUUGACAUCGUAAAAAAAUCAAU